GCCUCGCGCCCAGGGACUGCGAAGGGCGGAGCGGCAACAUGGCGGCGUCUGGAGCCGGUGACCCUCGCGAUGCUAAGAGUGAAAAGGCCCCGUUCGCUCAGCGCAUCGACCCGACUCGGGAUAAACUGUCUCCCGCGCAGCUACAUUUCAUGCGGCAGGUGCAGCUAGCCCAGUGGCAGAAGACGCUGCCGCAGCGUCGGACCCGGAACAUCGUGACUGGCCUGGGCAUCGGGGCCCUGGUGUUAGCUAUUUACGGUUACACCUUCUACUCCGUGUCCCAGGAGCGCUUCCUCGAUGAGCUGGAAGACGAGGCCAGAGCCGCCCGCGCGCGGGCUCAGGCAAGGGCGGCAGGACCCUGACCCGGCCGGGCCUCGCGCCUCUGCAGCCUGCUGGAGCCCCUCGACCUGAAUGGUGCCCCGUGACCCCGUCGACCUGCUCACAGCAUCGCUGGCCUGCUUAGAGUCCUUGGACCAUGACUGAGCCCAAGAAGCCGGAGGCUUGGGGGUGUGGCCACUGUCGGGGGCCACUGUUCGCCUCCCACCGUGUACAGUGACUGAGCCUUCUUGUAAUUGGUUUCCUUGUUUGAGAGGUGUGUGACCUUGGCUUUUCUCGGACUUUCUGACUUGGUGGCUUAGCCCUUGGCCUCCUAGGAGCCCAGCUGCUUCGCGGGUGGGUGUGGCAGCUCUGUGCAGCCUAAUGUGGGAAAGGUGGGGUCCGGUUAACCAUAAUAAACUGAAUCAUCUCUCCG